CAGUAUUAAUGAUGCUGCUUUAUUGAUUCACAGUCUCACUGCGUGGUCGAAGCUCUCUGCUGAUUUUUCUUGGAUAUCCAACAGUUUCAUCCUUAGAAGCUUGACGAAAACUGUAUGCUGUUUGUUCAGCAUGAUCACCUCUUUGCCCAGACACAUCUGAGCUAGAAUAAUAUAUAAAUUAUCAACAACCGGACAAGCCUUUCAAUUUGGCAAUCAUGGCAAAUUCAACUGGAGACAGCUAUCAAACGAAAAUUUCGGAACAUAUUAGAACAUCUACAAUUAUGUCCAUGGAAUCAACAAUUAGACCACUGGAAAGUACUAUAAUCUAUGUUUUAAACAAUAUCACAAACGACAGUACAAUGCCUAAUAUAACUAUUCUGAAGCCAACACCAAUAUGUACGGAGCCAGCAUUUCAUGAGUUUCCACCAGAUGCCUUUACCAACACACAGAGAGAACAUGGCGCCUUAAUUGUACAUGUGAUGGUUGUUAUCUAUAUGUUCGCUGCCUUAGCUGUCGUCUGCGAUGACUAUUUUGUAACUUCAUUGGACAGGAUAUGUCAAAAACUUGGCUUUAGUGAAGAUGUCGCUGGGGCAACUUUUAUGGCUGCUGGUAGUUCAGCACCAGAGCUUUUCACCGCUAUUAUAGGUGUUUUUAUAACCAAAGGGGAUGUAGGCGUAGGGACCAUUGUGGGAUCAGCCGUGUUCAAUAUUUUGUUUGUAAUUGGAAUUUGCGGAAUACUUGCUGGACAGGUAGUUACUCUGUCGUGGUGGAUGAUGUGUAGAGAUUCAUUCUAUUAUUCAUUGUCUGUCGUUGUUCUUAUAUUGGUAAGUCAAUUUAAGGUUGUUUCAGAUGGCAUUGUGACGUGGUAUGAAUCUCUCAUCAUGCUUAUUUUAUAUGCAGGAUAUAUUGUAGUUAUGAGAUAUAAUACAUUUCUGCAAUCUUGGUUUGCUAACAAGAUAGACCAAAUUAAGUCUUCCAAUAUUUUACCAAUAAAUGGUGCUAAAAGAGCUUUUCCUGGAGAUUAUGAGGUUUUCACAGAUGAGGAUGACGAGGUCUUCACUGCGAUAGAAACAAAGAAAUGGCGUGACAGAGAACUUCCUCCAGAUGAAUAUGCAAAAUCAACGCAAAUCAAACCACAUUUCUGUGAUUUUGUCUUUCGAAUGAUGAUGAUGAAGAAGUUUAAAUCUCUGACAAGAUUCCGGUCAGCGGCCUGUCUCAUUAUAUCAUAUAGAAAACGAAUGCUCAAAGAUGAGGCUUACCUGAAAAGACAACAGUUUAGAAAAAUGGCUCACAAAUCAAGUGUUAUGUCUUAUACAAGAUCCAUUCGAGGAUGGUUCAACAUAACGAUGGAAGGAGAAGAUUGGGACUACUGGAGGAAGGUUCCAAGUUUAGACGAUGGUUAUAUUGUAAUGACUAAAUGGGCACUCUCUUACCCUUUGAAAACAGUGUUGUAUUAUACAGUGCCAGAUUGCAGAAAAGAACGAUGGGAGAACUGGUUUUUGUUGACGUUUGUGAUGUCAAUAGUUUGGAUAGCUUUGUUUUCAUAUAUAAUGGUGUGGAUGGUAACAGUUGUCGGAUUCACACUUGAUAUACCAGAUAGUGUUAUGGGUAUAACAUUUCUAGCAGCCGGUACCAGUAUACCUGAUGCAAUGGCUAGUGUCUUUGUAGUUAAGCAAGGUAUGGGAGAUAUGGCGAUUUCGAACUGUUUAGGAAGCAACAUAUUCGACAUCCUUUUAGGUUUAUCUUUACCUUGGUUUUUAAAAACUGGAAUAGCAUAUUCUGGAACCACAGUUAAAAUCAACAGUAAUGGUAUGCUGUAUUCAAUCAUUUUACUUUUUAUCACAGUUAUUAUCACAAUAGGAGCAAUUAGUUAUUCGGGCUGGCGCCUAACACGCCGUAUAGGCAUUAUGUUCUUAGUAUCUUAUGCUAUUUAUGUACUCUUUUCUGUAAUGACAGAGUGUAAUGUAUUUGGUUUUGUCAAUCCACCAAUGUGCGGUGAAUAAUGGAACACAUAUAUCACAGUUGUUAUGUCAAAAUCAUUCCAUUUCUUCAUUAAUCAGCAGCAAUAGAAUUACAAAUAUCACAUUUGACAAUCUGUUUUUAGUAUCAAUUUCAAAUACUAGAAUAUGAAAGAAAAAAGUAAAAUAUCAUAAAUUCUGAGGAUAAUUCAAAACGGAAAAUUUAUAAUCAAUUAGCAAGAUCAAAAACUCAAAAACAACUGUCAUAUCCCUGACUUGGUACGGCAAUUUUCUUAUGUAGAAAAUGGUUGAUUAAACCUGGUUUCGUAGCUAACUCUCAAUUGUAUGACAGUCGCCUUAACUUUCACUAUAUUGACAACGAUGUAUGAACAAAACAAACAGACAAUCAUAUGAUGUUCAUCGUU